AUGUACUUGAGAUACAUGAUGAAGCCUCUUACUUUGAUCAAACUGUCAUACUUUUCAACGUCACUCAUUACUUUCUUGUUCACUAUUCUUUGUUUCGGUGAUAAUGGUAGAGCACGGGUGACAUUGCCGGAAAAUGCUACUAUACCUGCAGUUAUAGUGUUUGGGGACUCAAUUAUAGAUCAAGGAAAUAACAAUAACUUAAACACUUUGACUAAAGCCAAUUUUUCUCCUUACGGAAAGGAUUUUGUCGCCGGAAAAUCAACCGGAAGAUUUUCUAAUAAUAGGACACCGGCCGAUAUGUUUGAAAUAUUUAUGCAUGAAGUACAACUACCUAAAACUUGA